GUGAGGUGCGUUGGCUGUCCUGUGCGCUGAAGUAGCUUUCCUGUCUUAAGCAAUCUAGGUCUGCUUGUCUGCUGGAAUGAGCUGAUACUGAGGCUUAGACACUAAUCGAGCAACAACAUGGGGGCUCUUACUCACAACGACGAAUCAACAGACGUUCUGCAAGGUCUAGUGUACACAUUGCUCGAUGUCUUCGAUGCUACCCGGGAUCUGUACCAGACUUUAACGAACAAAGAUAAGAGGGACUAUGAGCUCCAGCUUCGGUUGAAGGGGCAUCCUAGUUCGAGAAAGCUGGAGUCCAUCGAUGACACCAAGGUCAGCGGCAAUCGAGCCAUUUUGACGGCCAAGUUAGCUCUUCUGCGAAGAUAUGAGGACGGUCUUCGCGACGUUGGAUCCGAGUUCGCUGUAGGAGAUACAUUGUCGCACGUCUCCCUCCAGUCUGAGGUGAUCAAACUCCAAGGCGUACUACUCACGACGUUUCUAUACGGUCCUACAUCUUCCGAGUCGAUACAGCAGCAGUUGUCGAAGAUCGUCGCUGCAUCUCACACAGCCGCAACGGCGUCAGUCGACAUUCUAAACGCCUUGCAAAACCGCCAGCAAGCUGAGCUCCGAGCAACCAACUUUCCAACAUCUCGCAGAGGAUCCCUUCGUGCACCUUCUAUGCCUGGAUCUUUUCACUCAGAUGAGGAGCAACUGACAGCUCUAGUAUCAUACCGCGAACCACCGCGAGUUCGAGCAGGGAGUCCAGCAAACACAACAGUUCUCACUAAAGGCAGACCAGAGAUGACUGGCAUCGACAUAAGAUCUCUGACAUCGUACAACUCGCGAACAGAUGCUGACUCACUGUACUGUUCGUACGCCCAAGACCUCGAGCGACACCGUUCGCAGCAGUUGAGCUCAAGCAUAACUGACGCAUCUACACCAUCUUGUCCAGACUGCAGACGGACCCUGCAUCUCUCUCCUGGCAAGGCGUGGGAGAUCCUGAAGAACGACACAGGCUACGAGCGAUGCUUCCAAAUCUCAAUUCGCUUCGUCGUCAAGUGUCAUCGUAGUGGUCCAGACGCUGGCUACGCGUGUAUACUGUGCUCGCGAGCAGACGACGAUGUGACGAUAUGCGGAGACGUAAAGGCACUCGUCAAACAUGUGUGCGAGGACCAUAAGUCCGCUGAGCUCAAGGCGGAGGAGGAUAUUACCGAGGUCGUUGAGUUGGCUCUGGGAGAACGCAGAAGGGAUAGCGGGCUAGGCCACUAUUCUUCGCGCAGUAGCAGGAGAAGUGCUAGUGUGAGUUCCCGUCGGCGCGGCAGUAGACCCCAUGUCUAUGAUCGCGAGGUGGAAGCGAUAGAGAUCAGAGUGCCGAGACGAGGUGCAUGAAGCCACACAGUCGACAGCCCGUCCUGAUUUUCGAUUGGUCUUUGUCCUGCGAGCUAUGAUAGCUGUAAACCAAUGCUGUUGGCAAAUGGCAUAUCACAACUGCUUAACGUAU